GGGGAAGUUUGGGGGGGCUCCCAGGAGGCUGUGGGAGAGGAGAGCCAUCAGAGACACAGCCAGCUUGUCUGUCUCCACCAGCAUCUGCUGAGCCAUGAGCCAAGCCCGGGAUUUACAGGGAGGAAAGGCCUUUGGGCUGCUGAGGGCCCAGCAGGAAGAGAAACUGGAUGAAAUCAAUAAGCAAUUCCUGGAUGACCCCAAAUACAGCAGUGAUGAGGAUCUCCUCUCCAAACUGGAAGCCUUCAAGAAGAAAUACAUGGAGUUUGACCAGAAUGGAAACGGAGACAUUGAUAUCAUGUCUCUGAAGCGAAUGUUGGAGAAACUUGGGGUACCCAAGACCCACCUGGAGCUAAAGAAAUUAAUCAGGGAGGUUUCCGGCAGCUCUGCGGAGACUUUCAACUACUCCGACUUUCUCAGGAUGAUGUUGGGCAAGAGAUCUGCCAUCCUAAAAAUGAUCCUAAUGUAUGAAGAGAAAGCAAAGGAGCCGGAGAAGCCAACCUGUCCUCCAGCCAAGAAAACUGUCUCUGAGUUGCCCUGAUUUGUGAUGGGAUUUGUGAUGGGAUUGAAGGGGCUUCUAGUGACCCCAACAC